AUGCCGCCACCUAUGCCCAACCCCGCAAAGCGGAUGACUGCAAACCCUGCGCGACCCGUUGCAAGGUAUCGUCCCGGCAAACCAGUUGCGGAGCAAGAAUCGUCUGACGAAGAUGAAGAAUCAGAGGAGGAACAGCAGCGACCGCCACCCCAGAGGAAGCCACAGACCACGAGACCGCAGCCGCAGAGGGCCCAACAACGUAGACAAGAGGAAAGCGAUGAGGAUGACGAGGAAGGUUUCGUUACAGACGAGGAGGAGAGCGCCGAUGCUACUGUAACAAAAGCAGUGCAACAGCCACUCAAAACUACAGUCACUUCGGCCAGACAAGCUCCGAUAAAGCAGGAACUCAGGACAGAAGAAUCAGAGGAAGACGAGGAAUCAGAAGAAGAAGAGUCCUCUGAGGACGAGGAAGAUGAAGAAACCUCCUCUGAAGAAGAAGAACCUCGACGAAAAUUCCAGCGUCCGACUUUCAUCAAGAAAUCAGAUCGGAAACCUUCCACACAACCCUCCAACGCCCAUUCCGAAGCGGCUGCAAAUGGCGCGGACCCAGAUCCGGAGUUAGACACCCAAACUCGUCGUCUCGCCCAAGCUGAGCUUCUGAUCAAGGACAAGCUCGAACGAGACGCUCUAGCCCGCGCCCAGGGUAAAAAGGCAUGGGAUGACGACGACGAGCUAGUGCCUGAAUCCAUGGUGGACGACACCGACGGACUCGACCCCGCAGCCGAAUACGCAGCUUGGAAACUCCGGGAACUUAAGCGUCUGAAGCGAGACCGGGAGGCACUCAUCGCACGGGAAAAGGAGCUGGAAGAAAUCGAACGGCGGCGCAAUUUGACGGCGGAGGAGCGCGAGAAGGAAGACAAAGCGUACCUCGAGCGACAGAAACAGGAGCGCGAGGAGGGCCGUUCCGAGGCCGCGUUUCUGGCCCGAUACCACCACAAGGGCGCAUUCUUCCAGGGCGACGAGACGGCCGAGUUGCUCAAGAGGAGAGAUGUCAUGGGCGCGAGGUUCGAGGAUCAGGUUACCGACAAAUCUACUUUGCCCGAGUACAUGCGGCUGAGGGACAUGACGAAAUUGGGCAAGAAGGGAAGAACGAGGUACACGGACCUGAAAGGGCAGGAUACGGGCCGGUUCGGAGAGGACGUGAAAAGGUGGAAAGGCAGUGGUGGUGGUGGCGCCGGCAGGGGAGGGGCCGGAGCAUUCGACACAAGAGGUCUGGACGAGCGGUUCUUGCCCGAUGACGACCGUGGAGGAGGGAGCACCGGUCCAACGGGCGCGAAUGCAAGUGCCGUUGCUUCCCGCCGCGAUAGGGAUAGGGAACAAGACACAGAUGGGGACAAAGACAGAGACUCGCAUCGAGACUCGUACCGGCCUCGAGACAGAGGUCGAGAUCAGCGGGAUGACGGAGACUGGGGCAGAGACCGACGAAAGCGAUCAUAUUCCCGGUCCAGAUCGCGGUCUCGCUCGCGCUCGCGCUCUCCCCGACGGCGGAAGAGGGAGCAUUCAUACGAGCGAGACUCGCGGGAUCGCGAACCCUACCGACGAGAGAACCGCGCGAGAGUCUGA